AUGCCUGCUCCAAAUACUCGCAUGUCCGUGGUUGAUGAUGUGGUCAUUCCCGCCCAUUUGCUGGCUACCACAACGCCAUCGAGUCAUCUGUGGAACAGCUCGCACUGUGAUCCAUUGGAGCAGGGACCUGUUCAGCAGGCAAUUCAGACAGCUGUAUUUGAAAGGGAGUUUGGACGUCUGCGCCGCUCAGCGACUGUUGGCGGAGACCAACCCCCGAAACUCAGAACAAUUGCCAACAUUCGACGUCUGAGCGAGCCGCUGAGCGUAUCCGAAUUGAGCAGCAUUACUGAAGUUCAGUCACCAUGUGUCUCCCCGCGUCCGGAUUUCAAUGCCUCUGCUGAGUGCGUUGGCGAACCAGUCUCCGGAUCCCGAGAUGGCGUAUGGCCUCUUCCCCCACGUCCGCAAAGCUACCGAAUCUCUCGCAUCGAAACCGGGUCUCGACCCCAGACAGGACGACAAGCCGCACGACACAGCAUCUAUGACAUCUACCAGGAAGCCAAAGAAAGGCGGGUCGCAUUGCAAAGGAAAUACUGGGUUCAGGUGCUGUUCGAAUAUGCUGUCUAUCUGAUCCUGAUAGCAUUCAUCUACUUUGUCCUCAUUGGCAUUCCACUCUGGAAAGGCGCGGUCUGGUGGCUUUAUUACGUGGUGCGCUUUGAGUUUGUGAUUCACGGCGGUUGGGCGAUUACAAUAGGUGUGGCCUUCGUCUAUGCCUUCGGACCCUUGUUUGUUUCUUUCGAAAAGGAUCCUCCUGCAGUGCUGGAGAAGCUCGAAGGUGCCAAGUUAGAGCACAACCGAAAGACAGCCCAGGACACAGCCCUACUGAUUCCCUGUUACAAGUCGGCAAAUAUCAUUGGGCCUACCUUGGAAGCAGCCCUCCGCAUUUUCCCACCCCAGAAUAUAUUCGUGAUUGCCAACGGAAACGCCCCGGAGCCACUCGACAACACUGAAGAAAUGUGUCGUCCGUACGGAGUGAACCAUCUGUGGUGUCCGGUCGGAAGCAAGAUCAUCGCCCAGUUUGUGGGCUGUUACGCGGCCAAGCACUUUCCAAACGUGUUGCUGAUCGACGAUGAUUGCGCUCUGCCGGCCAAUUUUCCGGUAGUGAGUGACCGAUUGAAGGGACGCGUACAGUGCAUCGGGUAUACUAUCAAGAGUGUCGGGCCGGCGUCGUCGCGAGGGACCUUUUGCCAGCAGGCACAGGACUUGGAGUACAAGAUCUCGGGGCUGCAGCGCGCCUUCGCGGGGCUUCUGGGGAGUGCUACUUUCCCGCACGGUGCCAUCUCCUUGUGGCGGACCGACUUCCUCAAGCAGACCUUCCAUGAUCAUCCCGGCUUCUCCGUGUCGGAGGACUGGUUCUUCGGGGACAGCUGUCGCCGGCUGGGCGGGCGCAUCACCAUGUGCUCGGCGGUGUUUGUCGAGACUGAAACUCCGUCGGCGGUAUUCUUCAGCGGUGGUGGUUCUCGCGGAGGGUUUGGCGAAAUGACCAUCUUCAAACAACGCUUCAUGCGUUGGAACUUCUUCUUCGUCAACGGGAUGUACUUCAAUAUGAAGUAUAUCCUGUGUAAUUGGAACCUAGGCUGGUGGGAGCUUGGGGCCAAAUUGUUUGUCUUUCAGGAGGUCUACGAGACGCUUCUCUAUCUUGUGGCGCCCUUUAUGCUGCCUAUCUCCUUCGCCGUGCGGCCGGCCUUCUGCGGGAUCAUGCUGGGCGCCACCAACGGCUUAUACUUGCUCAAUGUUGUCCUCUUCAACCUCAUUCACCUGCGCAAGAAGAAAGAGCCUGUCAGCUGGACUUGCUUACUUGUCUACUACAUGCCCUACAAGAUUGUCUUGUUUCUGAUCAAUGUGGCCAGUUGCUACUGGUCGUUGUUCAAGUAUGCCCGCUACUUUGCUAAUCGUCAUCUCAAGGUGAUCGAGGAUGACAAGGCGGUCGAAGUAGUCCUUCGUCUCGAGGAGAUGCCUCUUAUGCCCACGGAACAAACGAAGAAGCUCCCUGGGUUGGGAAGGAGUUUCUCAGUCACGAAGGUGAGGGCUCGGCGGCCCACGAAUGCCUCGCAGCAGCCUUCGGUCAGCAUACGGGCUUCUGUGGUUGGUGUGGAUGGUAAUUGGAUUUAG